UGUUGCUAUACCGAGGUGGACUUUUCAAGAAAUAAAAUGAGAAAGUAACACUUUUCGAAAGCCUUUCCUUUGCGUUUUCUGAGUAAAACUGGACCCUGCUUCUUUGAUUUGAUGGUAGAAUGGUUAGUUCCUGGUUUGGCUUGCUUAGAACUUGUAGCCCUAGAAAAAGAUUUUUGAGAGUUUACCUUUAGUGUGAGAAUUAGAAUGGCAUAUGCAGCAGUCCCGAAUGCCAGCCUGUGGGUGAGAUCUGAGCCAUUUACCAGUGGUGUUCUACCGGUGCCUCCACAUCCUAGGCUUAACUUUCAUAAUAUCAACAAGCUUGUUUUGUAUGCUAAAGGAAAGGGAAGACUUGGAUUUCCAAAGCUUAGUUACACCGUAUGGAAGCACAUUGCGUGUAACAAGCUUCAACUCUCAGAGGACCUCGCUUGGAUGUAUUUCACUGCCUGCGAUACAUUGAGUGGUAGGACAGCGGCUGAACAACUUGACUGGUACAGUAAGUACCAUAGUGCCAAAUCACAGUCGGAAAAAGAUCAGCUGAAGAACCAAACAUCUGUUGAACUGUUCAAGUUUGUGCUACUUCUUUAUAUCCAACACCUGAACAAGAUAUCCCUGCGGUCAUCUCUCAUAUCUGGCGAUGAAUGGCCGUUACGAUCGCGAUCACCGUCGCCAGAUAUUGAAGGCAGACCGUCCACACCAACCGGAUCUAAGAAUCUUGAUGAGCACAGCCACUUGCAUUUCGUCUUGCAAAACCUAACCGAGAUGUUAGACCUACUUGUUGAGCCUGACAGCUAUAGCCUUGGUGCAGGUGCUGCGGAGAAGAGUCUGUCCAUGGAGGCUAUGCAAGGUCUCAGCUUCCUUAUUGAAGGCUCACUAGACAAGAACCGUAUUGUUAAACCUCUACAUGACAUUGCCCUACAGCAGCAAAUACAAGCAAAGUGUGGAUACUCCAAGAUCUCUGAGACAUUCAGUGUGAAGAAGUUGCAGUCUUGGUUAAGGUCGUCAUUGGGUACUAACCCAUUUGGUGUGUCGUCGUGUAUCGCAAAUGGGAGGAGAUUAUCUUGGCCUAUUACAGGGGAGGAGAAAGAGGCCACGUCUGGCAGAAAGGGAAAGAUAGCUACCAAUGCACAUUUUGUGACUGAUGAAAGAUUAGCAAGAGCAGGAAAUAAACUUAUCAUAAUGUCGCAAGUGUGCAAGCAAACUGUGGUUAGGAUGUCACCAACAUUAGAACAUUCUUCCGUCAAGAUUCACAGGUGUCAUCAAUCUUUCAUCUAUCUUCUGUCACCAUUGAGGAACGUGUCGAUUGAGAAGUGCCGAAACACGACAGUUGUCCUGGGACCAGUUGAGUGUGCUGUCCAUAUGAAUCACUGUGACCAGGUCACUCUUAUAGCUGUCAGUAACAGGGUCUCUGUAAGUCAUAGCCAACUGUGCACAUUCCAUUUGCUCACCCCAACCCGUCCAUUGAUCUUCAGUGGCAAUGACAGCCUAAUAUUUGCCCCUUACAACACAUUCUAUGGCAGGCUGGAGAAACAUAUGACUGAAGUUGGACUGGCAGAACAACCCAAUGUUUGGGACCAGCCAUUCUGUGUUGGUCCUGAUCACCAUGACAACAUGGCCCUUGCCUGGGAAAUCAUGCAACAAAAAGACUUCUAUAUGUUCACGGUGCCAUUUGAAAUGGAGGGUGACACUAAGAAUGUUCCGGGCGGGGUGCCAAGCAGGUAUCAGAAGUCCAUAAAACUGAAAGAAAAGCAAGUGGAACAAUGGCAGAAGAUGGUAAAGGAAGCUGGUCUUUCUAGAGAUCAUCGUAAACAAUUCCAGGCAUUAGUUGAGAGCAGGUUUCAGGCCUGGCUAUCUGAAAGUGGUCACAAGAGGGAGCUGGAUGGACUUGCUACUGCCUCGACUGGAUCAAAGAAAUAGAAGGCAGUAUGUGGUGGACUUCAUACAUCAUGAUGCUGUUGGAUGACGUGGUUAUCUCAUGGCAGUCACAAGAGGGACUUGGUGGGCAAGCCUACUGCAUCCUUAGUUCAUAGACUUUGUAGGCUGUAUGCAGUGGAACUGAUACAUCAUUCAAAAACAUGCUGGUUCUCAUCAUAUCAAAAGUGCUCAGGAGGCAGUAUGUGGUGGACUUCAUACAUCAUGAUGCUGUUGGAUGACGUGGUUAUCUCAUGGCAGUCACAAGAGGGACUUGGUGGGCAAGCCUACUGCAUCCUUAGUUCAUAGACUUUGUAGGCUGUAUGCAGUGGAACUGAUACAUCAUUCAAAAACAUGCUGGUUCUCAUCAUAUCAAAAGUGCUCAGGAUGAGAGUAUCUAGUCCUGGUGUAGGUUCCUCGGACUUUGUAAUGCUUUUUAAGUUGCGAGGUAUGUGAACAUUUUCAAGCUGGACAUUAAUUCGCACAAAAUCACUGUUUUUAUUUUGUACGAUAUACAAAAUUUCUUUCCAAUAAAAAAACUGGAUUUUUGGGCAAUUUUCACGAUUUAAGGUAAAAUCGCGAAAUCUGGAGAAAUCUAAUGCUGGACGCAAGGGCCCAAAGCGUAGCAGCAAAAAGGCGAAGCUGGCGAAACAUUUAUAACGGGUCACCGUCACUUAUUAUUGGACUUAUAGCGCAUUUACGGGGUUGCAACUAUUUUGCUUUAUAGUGUCACCAGGAAAGAAAAGCAUGCGACCUACACCGAUCUAUUUGCAUAAAGUGAUAAUUGGAAGGUAUAUAGUAGGAAAUAUCAAUAAAAUAAUCAUUCCAUGUCGUCUUUUGAGGGCAUUUUUGAUUGUAAAAAAUAUGUGUGUACGUCACCGGAGUCUCUGCAAUGAUAAUUUUAUCACAGCAGUCUCCCGCAAGUAGAAGUUCUUUACCUAUUAGUUCUUCACUUAUUAGUCUGGCGCAAAGCCAGACGUUUUCCAUUACGAUUUCACUGCGAUGUUUGACCAGAAGGAGCAGUGCGCGAGAUAUGCUAAUGAGCAGACUUCCCUCGCUUGAGUUUCGGAAGAAUGUUCCAUAUCGCGCUAAGCUGACCACUGCUGACCAUGACAGGCGUGCAUUGGACUGGUACAGGUUGGAACUGAACAUUGAAUAUGCUGGUGGUGACGCUUUCUGAUGAGAAGUUGAUCGUGACUGAUGCAGUAUCCUUGGACUUGUCCACAGCAUCGUUCAAUCAUUGCUCUCUGAGCUGCCUUGAUUCUGUACUUACCUAAAUACUGACACCAAAUGCCUGUUGACUGUGCUUUAAGAGAGACUGGCGCCAUGCCUAGUCUCUCUUAAAGCACAGUCAACAGACACCAACCCCCUCAGACUCAGAAACCACAAAUGCCCAACCCUUCCUGCUACCUUAAUACUUCUGGUUUACAGUCAUAGGGCUUAAGUACGUGAAUCUCACUGAAUUCUCAUUGAAAUGACAUUGCAAAAUCUAUUUGAUCUGUCAUUUUAUAUCUCACAUUUGAUGAGGUGACAGAAAUUGCUAGAUUAUCCAACUAUCAUGCCAACUUCUGGUUCUUGUCUUCCCUGUCACUUGUGUCACUUAGACAAUUAUACGAGUUGUUCCCAGGCAUAUCAGCUGGUUGGAUGGGCUUACUUUGUGUGGAUGUGUGGUUCCUAGGCUGUAAUCAUCACAAAGUAAUUUCAUUUCAUAUAAACCGAAUGGAAGACUAAAAUUAAUCAGCAAGUUUUAUUGAAAUUGGGAGGAAGUAAAACAAUUUUGGUAUUAGCACAGGAUUCAGAACUACUACUAUUUGAAUCAUCUUUCCAAAAUUGGGCAUAACACCCUUUCAUUUUUUCAGAGAUGGUACUGAAAGUGAGUCAAUUCUUUCGGUGUGGCUAUAGACAUUAAUGAUAAUAUUGUUUGAAAUGACAAAUGUCAAAACAACGAUUUCAUGAUCUCUGAUUUCAUUCAAACAAUUCCUGCCAUAUUUGAGCUGCUUAAAAAUUAAAUAUGAAUAAAUUAUAUUAAUGAUUGUAGAUUAAUAAAGCUUUUUAUAGAAUUUA